CGUACCGGCAAGGAAACAUAUACUAACUGUCUUGCACAAUGCUGAUGUACCCUUUAUGUUUCGCCCUCGUUGCCAGUUCACUCGUGAACGCACAGGUCACAGUAGAUUCAUUAACAAUCGAUUUUAGCGAAGAUAAAGAAAAUGCACUGGCAACUGGAUCUAUAGAUAUAACAUCGGAUCCAGUUGACGGUGUGAAAUUUGUGAUGACGCUCAGCCUGUUAGAUGUGAUGUCCGACGAUACCUAUGCCGAAUGCCUGGAUGGAGAUGGAGCACCAGGAGAUACUAUUCUUUUGGAUUGGCACAUUCAUGUAGGUAAGCCUGUGGACGGGGAGGGUGUGAAGGAGGAAUGCGACACAGACGCAGGUGUUUUGGGGCACUACGACCCGACAUUCGCGUGUGGAUCUACCAGCAACGAGGUAGAGGCCUGUGAGGCUCUGGGACGGUCGCCAACGGAUGCACAAUUCAGCUAUGACUGUAACCCAGAAGCCUACAACACAAAUCCGUAUGCGUGCCAGGUGGCCGAUUACUCGGGUAAAUUUGGUGCUGCUGUGGCGACUAUCCAGGACGAUGGAAAUGCGGUGAUCGGGUUAGAGGUAACAGAUCACUGGGGUUCACCCUUAGAGUUUUGGGAAGGUAUGACUCUUGUGUUUCACUGCGGUACCCCCAGGAUAUUCUGCGGGGAGAUGAGCGAGAAAUCGGUACUGGACGGUAUUACUCUGCCUGGCCUUACGUUGGGUUGAAAUUGGGGGUGGUGUGUGGCAUGUCAGUUAUUACUUAUUUCAAAGUGGCGAUAUAGGUAGAUCGUUGCACAGGAAAAAUCUCAUCGAAUGAAUUGUUGAAUUUUCCGUGAAGCUUUGGAUUGUGAAUACAUCCACCGCAAGUUAAGAUGGGGAAAACGACCAACGGGGUCGCCAAUUAAUAUGUACACAUCAAUAAUUAUGUGGUUAUCAGUACGUAGUAUAAUGAUAUUCAGGUCAAAGAUCGCUAUGGGAUUGUCAAUAAAUCGUCUGAGAUUCUCCAUGGAAAGGCAAAAUAAACGAAUACCCUUUGUUGGAUUAUGUACUAGAACGUGAAUGGAUUUUCGUAGCGGAACUUUGAAGCUGGCCCCUUCGAAGCAAGAUGUUUUAUUGAAGUACGAGGCGAAUGGUAGGUUCAUCAUUUG